CAGCCUGGUCAAACUGUGGGCUCCUCAUUGUUCACCCGGCAGCUGGAAGCCUCAGAGGGAGAUUCAGCUCAGCAUCCUCUGCCUGCUCUCAGUCCCCACGGCAACCCGCUCUGUCCACAGCAUCCGGCAAUCAUGGCUAGCACCAUGGCAGCCUACAAGGAAAAAAUGAAGGAGAUGUCUAUGCUGUCCCUGAUUUGUUCCUGUUUUUACCCACAAGUACAUCCCAACAAUCUCUACAAAUAUGGAGACAUGGAGGUGAAGCCCAUCAAUAAGCGUCUCUCUGGCCAGUCCUUCGAGGUGAUCCUGAAGGCUCCUGCUGACUUGUCCCCAGAUCGCCCCCAGCCACUGGCUUCCCCUCCGAAGAAGAAGGACAUGUCCUUAGACGACCUCCAGAAGAGGCUGGAGGCAGCUGAGGAAAGGAGGAAGUCGCAGGAGGCACAGGUGCUGAAGAACCUGGCAGAGAAGCGGGAGCACGAGCGGGAGGUGCUGCACAAAGCCCUGGAGGAGAACAACAACUUCAGCAGGAUGGCUGAGGAGAAGCUCAACUACAAGAUGGAGAUCAAUGAGGAGAACCGAAAGGCCCACCUAAGUGCCUUGAAGCAGCGGCUUCGGGAGAAGGAACUGCACGCUGCUGAAGUUCGCCGAAACAAGGAACUGCAGGCUGACCUGUCUGGUUGAAGCCGUUUUCUACUUUUCCCAAGAGAUUCCAUGUCCAAAAGAGUUUUGCCUAGUAAAAAGAAAAAAAAAAUUAACGCAACUUUUUAAAAUAUCUUUUCAUCUAAAGUCAUACACUGUUCUGCAUCAAAUGUUCUCAUUAGUCAUGAAAUAGGAAACCGAUUUACAAGUAGACUGUAACUAGUUCACCAUUUCCAUGUUGAUCCAUACCUACCAGCAAAGGUUCUACAUUCUACUCAGACUAUGGCUUUUGCAUUUUUUGAUUGCUGAAUUUCAAAACACACACCUUCUUCUUGGAAGAAUGCGUAUAGCUUUUGAUGCAAGAGACAAAAAUGCUCUGGAGCAUCUAGUUAAGCAGAAAGCAAAACAGGGAAGUAUUAGGGCAUCUCAUUUUGUGCAUGCCUGAAAAUGUAGUUUAGAAAUCAGCCAGAGGAUUGUCGAACAAAGAACUCCGGUGACCUAAAUCUAAUGAAUGAUUGUUUGGGAUUAAAGAUGUGUUUGUUCUUAAUUAAUUAAGUCACUUGCAAAAAGCAUAAGGAAUACAAUAACAGUCCAACAAACUGGAGACAGUUUGAAUUCAGCCAUUAAAAAAACAGCAACCAUCAGUAUCAUUUCAACCAUUCCAGAUAUUUACUGACGUAUGUAUUAGUGUGUGUGCAAGAAUUGCUUGAGCCAAAUUUUUCGUCUUAAUUGCAGUGAUAGUAGUACAGCGUAGGAACACCGCAAAGACAUUAUGCCAACCUGGUGUGUUUGCUUAAAGUAAAGUUCUGACUUGAUGCUUGUUAAUCCUUCCCUUUGUAAAUAUCUUUUAAUAGAUGUAAGAUUUUCUGUCUGAAAGCAGCCACUUGCUAACUAAGUCAUCCCUCCUUACACCUCGCUCCAAAUCCAUCAUUUCAGCCACGCAAACUGUAUAUAAUUCCCCUGACAGACCCAUUGCUACGAUGAGGCUUAUUUGGUGCUAUGGAGCUGUGAACGACCUGCCUCUUUGCGAUCAAGAGGUGAGCUCGCAUACGUACACAACCCUGGCUCCAGCUGGUUGACCAGGAGAUUGUUCACUCUGUCAAAAUGGCCGACUCCCUUGGCACAAAGACAAAUCGCCAGCCAAAGAAAGUGUAUCACACUCACAUACUGUUGCCAUCCGCUAGAUGGGCUGGCAGAAGCGCUGUUGUUGCUCCUUACAGUAUUUGAUCGCGUCCGUUGGCCCUGAACUAGAGGACGCGUGGCACUGAGGGAAACGCUGUGAAAUGUUUGCUAUUUGAAAACACAGAUUUUAUAUAGACUGCUUCAAUUUGAGGCAAGAACGGAUUCAGCCAUCGUUUGGACCCAAGGCAUGUUACCGUGCAAUAUAAACACAGCAAAAGAUCCCAAAGGCAUCCCAAUGAUAGACAUGGAGAGAUUAGUAUGUCCUCAUUGCUCAGAAUCAUUAUGGUUAGAAACAAAGUAACCUUGACCAGGCAUCCGUUCAAGUACUUGUAUGAACAACUCUAGCUAGCGUUCUUGGUAUACAUCUCGUUUAGCGUAUACAGUGCGAAGGUGUGUUGUGCUAGUACUUGAAUAGGUUAUAACCUUGCCUUAAAAAUCCUCUAGUACUGUACAUUGCACCAUACAUCGUAUGCAUUUCCUGCCUCUGCCAGAAGGAGGUGCCAUCAGACAGCUCUGAAUAACUUUAGACUUAAAUGACAAUUUUUGAACGCCAUACUAAUCACAUCUGUUUUUAAUUACUACUGGACACAGAAUUCUCCGUAGCCCAAACGAUUAAACGUCAAAAAUGACAAACACAGCUAGAGCUGCUUCUAUAACCAUAUUUUAGGAUUAUCUCACCUGCAGAUCAGUGUCAACUGGACAUUGUUAUUGUGAACGGAAGUGAUGGAAAAAAAAACAAUAAAGUUGAUCAUACACCAA